AUGAAGUUCCAAGCCAUCCUCUUCCUCGCAGCCAGCGCUUUCGCUGCACCUACACCGGAGGCAAUUGCUGAGCCUGCGCCUGCAGAUAUUGGCGCUACAACCAAGGCCCAGCGUCUGCUGUGCUCCGGUCUCUGGACUGGAAAUGACCUGAGCUUCGGAGACCUCAAGAACAUUGCGCAGAAUGGUAUUUGGAUCACUUACAACCACGCACGAAGCAGCCAGGCGAAGACGACUCUGAAGUUCAAUGGUGCAGUCGUCUGUUCGCCGCAGAGCAGCUGGAGACUCAAGUGCGACAAGGCAUGA